UCCAUCCAUCGCGUUCAGUGUCCAGACCAGGGACCGCUAUUAAAGCUCAACAUCGAAAGGGUCAUUUACGCCAACGUCAAACAACUCGAAAUUGAUGGUACUCUGGCCUGGAAAGCCGCGAGAUUUCUCGAGUGUGAGCUCGUGAAAUCAGCCGGACAGACAUAUCUGUGGCUUGCUCUCAUGUUCAAAAAGAUCGCAAACAUGAAACGCCGCAGCAUUGAUAAUAUUAAGAUAGCACUCCAGAGUCCAGUUGAUGGUCUUGAUACUCUGCAACUACGAGAACUCCUUUCGAGAAACAGAUAAUUACAAGGACUCAAGGGCCUUGCUACAGAUUGUACUCACGGCGACUAGCCCCAUGUCGCUUCAUCAAAUCAAUGUCGCGAUGGGGAUCAAUGCGAAGACUUCGUCGAUUGAGGGACUGCUAGAAUGUCUGGAACCCAACAUGGAGGAAACCGUCACGGGACUGGGCAGGAUCUUCAUCGCAAUCCGCAAUGACAAGGUGGAGCUCAUUCACCAGACGGCUCGACAAUUUCUGCUUAGGACGGAGGCGUCUCAAAACGGACAGGGUUCGUGGAGGCAUUCCAUCGACCUGCUGGAGAGCAAUCUGUUGCUUGCUGAGAAGUGCGUGGCCUGCCUCCUCAUGCAGGAUUGGGUUCGUCUGACAAAAUCCUCCGCCAUCCCCUACCGACCCACCACGCAGACUUCCAAGGACGCUAUGAACUGGCAAGUUACCACCAGCAACUUGGAAAUAGACGACAACCCUCUCGUUGCGUGGAGAGAAACCUUUGAUUGGAGCACCAAAGAGCCUAUUAAGUCUUUCUGCACAUACGCCGCCAAAAACUGGUUUCACCACCUUCAAGUCUUUGGGCCCUCGUUUAGCGAUCAGGGAGACUUGGUUAAUCUGCGCGAGCAAGCCCGUCGGUUGUGUGAUCUCAGACAGAGAUACUUUGGUGUAUGGUGGAGCAUCUACGCCAACAUCAACAAAGACACCCGAAUCGAGUCUUACAUGCACUUCCUCGCCCAGCGCGGCGAUUUUGCCAUUAUGCAAGGACUCGUCGAUAGCAAUUCGUGCUCCGUCUUCCUCGACGAGGACAAGAGGGCAUUUGAUGAUAGGGGCAGUGAGGAUGAGAAUCUGCAGAAAAGGGGUAAUGACCUACUCAUUACCGCGACCAAAUACGAGCAGAAAAGUGCGGUCGAGUGGCUGCUUCAGCAAGACAGCGACGGUUUUCUGGAAAUGGGAACCGCUCUCCUCGUCGCCAUCGACAACCACAUGGACCCUAUUGUCCAGAUCCUGGUAGAUGAGGUUGCCGACUUGAAUGAGGCCCACCGCGACCUCGCCUCGGUCGAGGGCAGAUACGAGGAAGAUGAGUUCUCCAAGUCCACCCCGCUCGAGGUGGCCCUGCGGUCCAACAACCUGUCGGCCAUGAACCUUCUGCUGGAGAACGGCGCGGAAUUCCAGCAGGUCGAUUCCUGCGGCUAUACGCCGUGGGCACAAGUCAUCUUUGGCGAUGAGCUGAAGUACUUCAAGGGCAACACGGCUGUGACCGCGAUCAAAAAGGGGAAGGAGUCCCGACGCUCGGAGCCGGCAUCCAGUACAGCUAUGGUGGAAGCCAUGAUCUCCCACGGGGUACACCCGAAUGCUGCCGACUACCUGAACCGGACCCCGCUGCACUAUGCUGCAAUCGCUGGUGAUUCGGACAUAAUCCGGACUUUGCUGGCUGCGGGCGCUUCGUCCGACAUACAGGCCAAAGUGGACGAGGAGAGCAACGUGCUUAGGACGCCCUACAGGAUGGCGAAGGCUUUGGGGCACAAGGAACAGGCGGCACUGCUCAAGAUUGCAUCCCCAACGACGACAACCCCUGAAGAGUACGAGGGCAACUACACGUUGUCAAGCUCGCCGCCGCCGUCUACGGGGUUGAAGAGGCAGGCUUCGGGACCGGCGGGUUGGCAUGAGUCCAGACGGCCACGCUCUGGAGGCUUUGAUCCUCGUGAGCUGGGAGUACGACAUGGUGCACUGCCGUUUCGCGAGAAGCAUGUCGUGAGCACAUUGAGGAGAUCUUGAUCAAUACGGUGCAGGGAAUGUGCACCAUUUCCUCUGUGGUGAGACUUGGAUUGAUACAUCGGUUCGUGACUAGUGGUGGGAUUCGGGAUUUAGGAGUCAUCAUAGACGGACCCAGGGGCGUAAUGACUAAUUUAAUAGCAAGGAGAAUUAAUGAUAAAUUACGCGAUAGCAUCAUGGAUAGGCGUAUUAAUUCCCGUAGAACAAGGCGUAAUUGUAGUUAAAGCAACCCUCAGUUAUUUACCCACCCCUGACUGUUUCC